AGCUGGAAGAUUUUUUCUUUCGUGUUGAUUAUCAAGCGAGCAAACCACUUUUACACACCCUCCGACGACUGAGCGAGAUCAUCAUGAAGGGGGCGCUGUUUAUAAUUGUAUCAUGUGUUCUGAUGGGCAAUGUGCUGGUCGACGCAACCUAUUAUUAUAACAACUAUCCAUCAACGUCAUCGGAGUCGGAAUCAUCGGAGUUUGAUUGUGCUAAUCUCAACACCUCAAUUGUCAAUACUUAUUCACUGUCUACAAUCAUGAGUUACCUGGAAUGUUAUGGUCUAAAAAUCGAGGACUACACAAAUUGCGGUAUUACUUACGAUGACGCUUCGUCUUUUGCUAAAGCAAAGGCAUCUGAAUUGACUCCUUGCCAAAUUGUAGAGAUCAUUGAUCUUCUAAAAGAGAUCAAACGACGAUACUGUGACGAGGCUACAACCGCACCAACACCGGCAACUACAACCGCACCACCGCCUGAUACUACAACCGCACCACCACCUGAUACUACAACCGCACCACCGCCUGAUACUACAACCGCACCACCACCUGAUACUACAACCGCACCACCACCUGAUACUACAACCGCACCACCACCUGAUACUACAACCGCACCACCACCUGAUACUACAACCGCACCACCGCCUGAUACUACAACCGCACCACCACCUGAUACUACAACCGCACCACCACCUGAUACUACAACCGCACCACCGCCUGAUACUACAACCGCACCACCGCCUGAUACAACAACCGCACCACCGCCUGAUACUACAACCGCACCACCGCCUGAUACUACAACCGCACCACCACCUGAUACUACAACCGCACCACCGCCUGAUACUACAACCGCACCACCGCCUGAUACUACAACCGCACCACCGCCUGAUACUACAACCGCACCACCGCCUGAUACUACAACCGCACCACCACCUGAUACUACAACCGCACCACCGCCUGAUACUACAACCGCACCGCCACCUGAUACUACAACCGCACCACCACCUGAUACUACAACCGCACCACCACCUGAUACUACAACCGCACCACCGCCUGAUACUACAACCGCACCACCGCCUGAUACUACAACAGCACCACCACCUGAUACUACAACCACACCACCGCCUGAUACUACAACCGCACCACCACCUGAUACUACAACCGCACCACCGCCUGAUUCUACAACUGCACCACCGCCUGAUACUACAACCGCACCACCGCCUGAUACUACAACCGCACCACCGCCUGAUACUACAACCGCACCACCGCCUGAUACUACAACCGCACCACCGCCUGAUACUACAACCGCACCACCACCUGAUUCUACAACCGCACCACCGCCUGAUACUACAACCGCACCACCGCCUGAUUCUACAACCGCACCACCACCUGAUUCUACAACUGCACCACCGCCUGAUUCGACAACCGCACCCCCACCUGAUUCUACAACCGCCCCACCACCUGGAGUUACAGGAGGCCAGGAUGGUAAUUCCGUUCGUUGAUAUGCUAAUGUGUGGAAUGGUUAAAUGUGGUCAUGCCCAUUUUACUGUUUACCCUAAGGACACCGUCUUUUGAUAACGUGACUUGUAUUCUAAAUCUUUUAAAAUAUUAGAUUUAUUACAUAUACAUUGGUAAUUACUAAAAUGAGAAAUAAAAGGUGUGAUGGUCCUAUAGAGCGAUGUUAGUUGGGGGGGGGGGGGGAUCAGGGGGUUAUGAAUUCUCCCCAUGGAGAUUAUUAUGAUAACGUUACUACUAAAAAGUAAUGUUAGUAGCAGAUGCAGCAAUAUACCCUACUCACAAUAAUAAUGAUAAUUACAAAAAAUGACAUUGGUAAUAAUUAUGAUAAUUUGAUAUAAUUAUGUGCAACCAUAUCAAUAACGAUCGUAUAAUGUUGACGAUGAUGAUGAUAAUGCCAAGAUAAAUAAAAUGAUCAUAAUAAUAAUUAUGAUAAUAAUAAUUAAAAAAAAAUAAUGAUAAAAGUAGUAACGAAAACAUUACAGUUAUUCAGUUGAUGAGAAUACAUGGAAAAAACAUAUUGUAUUGGAGGGCCCAGGUUUUAAUACAGGGGGAUGUCUCAAUAUAUAGCUUACGGUACUUGAAGAACACGACUAUUAUAUUUGACAAAAAAGAAUCGGGACUAAAUGUGUAUUGUAAACGUAAUGCAAUAACUUCACAUCAUGUGUUUUAUUUUCCGUGAUUCUUAUAAAAGAAAACAAUCAAAUUUUUUGCUAUUUUCAAGUUAAUGUGAUUCUAUAAAGUUAGUAAAGCUCGGUUUUCUUCGUGGCGAAGACUUUGCUUAUUCAUAAAGCACCUUUGCUAUUUUAUUUCCUGGAGCACUGAUAGAAAAAUAAAGGAGUACAUUGCAAUGACAA